AUGACAUCCUACCUGAUCACCGGCGCUGGCCGUGGUCUCGGCCUCGAGCUAGCCGCUCAACUCGCCAGCCUUCCCACGAGUCAAGUAUCAACUGUCUUCGCAGCUAUCCGCUCUUCGACACCACCAAGCGCCCUCCAAACCCUGAUCGACCAUUCAAAGGGCCGCGUCAUCGCCCUGACAUCCACGGUUGUCACCGACCGCGCGAGCCUAGACAAAGCCGCCGCACAAGUCGAGGCCCAACUCAACGGCAAGGGGCUCGAUGUCCUGAUCAAUAACGCAGGCGUCAUGCCGCCGGCAUUCGAGGGCAUCGCGAAAAUGGACAACCUUCGCUAUGCAUUCGAAGUCAAUGUCGAAGCUGUGCAUGAGACCACCUCGGCCUUCUUGCCCUUGUUGAAGAAAGGCACUGGCAAAAAAGUGGUCAACAUUUCCACAACGUUAGGUUCGAUGGACCAUGCACCCAAAUACAAGUGGGCGCCAUUCCCAGCGUACAAGAUCUCGAAGACAGCGCUGAAUAUGCUCACUGUGCAAUGGGCGCAGGAGUACGCCGAGGAAGGGUUCACAGUGUUUGCUGUGACGCCUGGUUGGCUCAAAACUGAUCUGGGUACCGAAAAUGCCGACCUGGAUGUCAGUGUCGGUGCGAAAGCUACACUCCAUGUGAUUGGGAACAGCACGACCGAGGACAAUGGGACGUUCCGAAACAUUCUUGUUCCAGGGUGGGAGAACACAGACGGUCCCAAUCAGUAUGAUGGGAAGAUUGUGCCGUGGUAG